GCCCUUUGCGCAAGUCUGGACCGGCACGCUGAUUGGCGGCUCCAGCCCACCGGGAUGUUCUCGAACCAUUGUAAGAGCAGCGUUCCUUGGGACCAGCGGCGGACGCCCGCCUGACGGUGAUAAUAUUCCUCCUGCAAUAUUAUUGUUGUUGCCAUCCUCCGCCGUCUUCUUCGUCGCAUUGACCCGGCCAGUAUUGCAAUCCUCUUCUUUUUCCCCUCUCUUUGCAUAUUUGCUCAUUCAUAUCUUCAUAUCUACGCCUCCGCGCCAGUCGCAUCGCUUGUCCGACAGCCCUACAGUGACCAUCCAGCGCUCGGCUGAGGUGUCCUGAUAGCCCGCGCGCCCACGAUGAAGGCCAUCCGUCGGUCACUCAAAGGAGACAGAGACUCCAAACCGCAUCACGUCUCCAUCACCCCCAAGUCUGCCAUUGCCAUUUUGCCGCCGAAAAAGGUCAUCAAGGCUCUGUAUGACUACGAGCCCGAUGCUGGCAAUAUCCAGGAAUUAGCAUUCAACAAGGGUGAUUUUUUUCAUGUGCUGAGUCGCGAGGACGAUCCGGACUGGUACGAGGCCUGCAACCCCCUCGUCCCCAACGCCCGCGGCCUCGUGCCUGUCUCGUUCUUCGAAGUCGUCCACAAAAACGAAAAGGACCGUCAUAGCGGCGGUUCCAAGGAUUCUCUCACGCAAGAUCUCUACGAUUCUGGCUUUUCUGAGCGGAGCGUUCAUAACGAUCGACGCGAUUCAACAAACACCAACAAGCAAGCCGCUCUCAGGAUGUCGGCCAUUGGAAAGGGAAGCGGCGCAAUGGUGUAUGGCAUUGUGCAGUAUGAUUUCCAUGCCGAGCGGCCAGAUGAGUUGGAGGCUAAGGCUGGCGAGGCUAUCAUUGUCAUCGCGCAGUCGAAUCCGGAAUGGUUUGUCGCGAAGCCAAUCAGACGCUUGGGCGGCCCCGGCUUGAUCCCGGUCUCGUUCAUUGAAAUCAAGGAUAUGAGGACAGGGGAAACCGUGGCGGACCCGCUUGAUGCCGUGAGAAGGGCUGGAGUCCCAAGAGUGGAAGAGUGGAAGAAGAUGACUGCUGAAUAUAAAAACAGCAGUAUUUCACUGGGAAAGCUGGAAUCAUCCGGUGCGUCGGGCAUGCAGCCCGUCUCGAAUGGCAUGGAAAAAAUGUCCAUGAGUUCCAAUGGAGGCGGAUAUAGACCUCAGGCGGGGAAUGAACUGGGAUAUCAAUCUCGGUCCGAAAGCAGAGUCGGAACGUAUUCUCAAUCUGGACAUCCCCAGCAGCAGUACUAUCCCCAGCCUACGCAACCGGAUCCUAAUUACCGGGUCGCACCAGUCUCCGCGUCGAUUCCGCGGUACUGUUUCGACAACGACAAAUAUUGGUAUGUCAUUGAAGCCAAGAUGGAAGACGGCACAAUUUGGGAGCUGUCCCGGUAUUAUCACGACUUCUAUGAUUUCCAGAUUGCUUUGCUAUCACAAUUUGAGGAGGAAGCUGGAAAUGGGGGCAGGACUAGGACGCUACCAUACAUGCCAGGUCCAGUGACGCACGUCACUGAUGCAAUUUCCAACGGCCGCCGACAAAAUCUUGAUGAUUACAUAAAGAAGCUUUUAGCGAUGCCGCCACACAUAUCUCGGUGUCCGCUCGUUUGCCAAUUGUUCACUCCUCGUCCAGGUGAUUUUGAGAUCGAUCCUAAUGCUGUCGGUGACCCGUACCGGCUUUCCAACGAGUCACAGCAGUCCUCUGGCCACAAUGUCUCGAUGAGCGAUUCUCGACAAUCUUCUCAGGCUCACAUGAGUGCGUCCGCUGCUGUCUAUCCGUCCGCAAAUGGACCGCCUGCUCGGGCACCCCAUCAACGCCAGCAGUCUUCUCUCUCACAGCAAAACAGCGCCGCCUCACAAUCACGAACGGAACUGCAGCCACCAGCCAUGAACAGACAAGCCAGCUCAUUGACCCAGACAUCGAAUGCAUCUAGCACAAAUGCGAUCACGGUGAAGGUCACCUUCGAAGAUGACACCAUCGCCUUCCUUGUUCCUAGCGACAUCAAUUUCAACCAAUUACUUGAAAAGCUGCGCGACCGACUUAAAGUUACAGGGAACAUUCGAGUAAAUUAUAGAGAAAACCUGAGCAGGAAGGACGAAGGUACUCCCAUGACCAGUGACCAAAAUCUGGACGAGGCGCUGCGAUUGAAUCCCAAACUAUCGCUUGUGGUUAAGAGGAUUUAAUAGUAUUGCCUUUUGUAUUGCCGUAUUUGGUUGCAUUUUGGCGCUGUACACAUUUCUUUCCUUGCGACAAAAUGAUGCCACGACGUAUAUUUCCGAGCCAUUGCCCCCGAUUUCCUUACUUUCUCAUGUCCAUAUGUACGCCUUUACUUUUAUUCUCAUUUCCUUCAUAUCUAUCAUACCCCGGGCUAGCUUUUUAUCUUCAGGUUCCUGCAUUUGUGGCAAGUGAAAAAAUUAUACAUGUGCUAUAUAUGGCUGAAGUCCUAUCAUCAUACAAUUUGAGCAAAUAUUGUCUCUGGUUUCAUUGUGCAGCUCUAUAUAUAGUGAUUUGACAUGACAUUUAUCUUUUUCUCGCUCUCUUUUGGUUUGCUUUGAUUGAUGUCAGUUAUCUAUUUACAGUCUUAGAACAGGGCUUACUGCGAAGUGAGAUUAAGUUGUCCUUUUUGAGUCUUUAAUUAUGGUUUUAAGUAUUACUUAAUGGUGAGAGCGAGA